AUGGCCAAUGAGGCUGAUACGUAUCCAUGUGCGAAGGAGAAAAUGGAUAACCUUCUUAAGUUUCUAAAGUUCAACUCAUCUCUUAAUAUUCCUACUGGAGCUGUGGCACAAACAGGUUUUGAAAAAGUUAGGAUAGCUGAUGGUAGUUAUUCAAGUAUUGCAGGCAAAUGCAGCAUAAAAAUUUCAGAGCAAAUCACUUUGCAAUCUGUUUUACAUGUUUCUAAAUUCGCUUGUAAUCUUCUAUCUGUUUAUAAAUUAUCCAAGGACACUAAUUGUUCCGUUCUUUUUCGUCCCUCUACUUGUGUGUUUCAGGACCAGAACUCGGGGAAGACGAUUGAAACUGCUAGAGAGAUGAAUGGACUAUACUACCUUGAUGGAAUUCAGUUUGGCAAUACAACGUUUUUCGGUUCAAACAGUACAAACUCAUCUCCUGUUUCAUAUCAAGGGGAGAGUCAAUUUAAUAAUAAAGAAGAUAAUUUUUGGGAAACUUUGUCUGCUCUAGAUGAUAUUGUGACUACAAAUCACCCAAGUGCUAAGAUAAUAGAAUCUGAAAUAGGGGGAGAAACAUUGAUUAAGGAUGAUAAUCCUGAACUUAAAGUGUAUGUUCGGAAAAAAUUCCACAAAGGUGGUGCAAACCCUAUUGUCUCUCUAGUAGAAAUCCAAUCUGAUUUAUCAAGUGAAGGUCCUACAGAUAAUCUGCCUUCUAGUUCUUCAUAUGGUAAUCCUUCUUACUCAUCCAAUGAUUUAUCUGAUUUGUCUUUCCCUGAUAUUAAUCUUCCAAUUUCUGUGAGAAAAAAUAUUCAUGACCUCGAUGUCCCAAUUGCUGAGAGGAAAGGUUCUCGAGAUGACGUCAAAUCAAUUAGUGAUCUGAAGAGAAGACUUGAGGCUGAGUUCGAUAUCAAGGACCUUGGAAAGUUAAAAUUCUUUCUUGGGAUGGAGUUCGCAAGAUCUAAAGAAGGAAUUUUUCUCAACCAGCGCAAGUAUAUACUCGAUUUACUCACAGAAACAGCGAUGACAAGGUGUAAAGCAAUAGAAACACCAAUGGAUCCCAAUGUGAAACUAAAGCCAGUUGCUGAAGAUGAAAUAAUAGAUAGAGAACGUUAUCAACGAUUGACUGAAAGACUAAUUUAUCUGUCACAUACAAGGCCAGAUAUAGCCUUUGCAGUAAGUGUAAUAAGCCAAUUUAUGCAUGCAUCAGGGGCAACCCACUUUAAAGCUAUUUUCAGAAUAUUAAGAUAUUUGAAAGGUACUCCAAGAAAGGGGCUGAUAUUCAGAAAUAAAGGACAUAUACAAGUUGAAGCCUAUAUUGAUGCUAAUUGGGCUAGUAAUAUAAAUGAUAGAAGGUCUACCUCAAGAUACUGUACUUUUGUAGGUGGAAAUCUAGUUACAUGGAGGAGCAAAAAACAAAAUGUUGUAGCCAGGAGCAGUGUAGAAGCUGAAUUCUGA